AUGGCUGAGGCGAUCUGCUGCACGUUGGUGAACUGUAACUGUGACAGCUUCAUACCGGGGAAGCUGAAGAGGAGGCAGUGCGACAGCUGCAAACAUGGAUGGGUUGCUCACGCCCUGAGCAAGCUGAAGGUGCACCACAUGUACCAGGGCAGCCAAGUGGAGAUCGUACACUCCAACGUGGUGUUUGAUAUCUGCAGCCUCAUGCUCUACGGCACACAGGCCAUCCCCAUACGCCUCAAGAUCCUGCUGGACCGGCUCUUCUCCGUCCUCAAGCAAGAAGAGGUCAUCCAGAUUCUCAGCGCCCUGGACUGGACUCUGCAGGACUACAUACGGGGAUACGUGUUGCAGGAUGUUGCUGGGAAGGUUCUGGACCGUUGGGCAAUCAUGACGUUCGAAGAGGAGAUUGCGACACUGCAGCAGUUCCUUCGUUUUGGAGAAACUAAGUCCAUCGUAGAGCUCAUGGCUCUUCAGGACAAGGAGGGCCAGGCCGUCCUCGUUCCCAGCACACGUACCAACUCCGACAUCCGCACAUUCAUCGAACGCAACACGCCACGCACCACCGCUAACCUCACCACAGCCAAUGUGGACAAGCUCAGUGGGACCAGUAUGCACCACUUUGAGAACUUCAUAAACAGCAUGGCCUUCAUGCUACCCUUCCAGCUCCUUGGCUCUGUGCCCACUCCCUUCUUAGGCUCUCAGAACGGCAUGCUCCAGGCCCAUCAGCCACGCAGCACCUUGGACAUCCAGAGGCGAGAGGGAGCAGGUCGGGACAGUCUUUCACAGGACAACCAACUAACUCUCUCACAUACAAACAACCAUGGCCUGUUGGGGGCCGACAAUACGCCAUUUGGUUCGGAUUUGGAUUCAGAAAAGCAGUCAGACGGUCUCCAAGGGACCGGUGUCACAAAAACUGAGCCAGAGGAUUUUUCCGCCAGCGACAAUUACUCAGACGGGCCCUCGACACCGUGCACUCCUUCAUUGAGCUCAGAGGUGGCGCAGAUGUCGCCUGAGGGAAAGCUGCGGUCUCUGGAUCGGAACGGCCCGAGCGGAGGGGGUUGUGUCAUGACGAGCACAGGAGGAGGCGGCUGCAUGAGCUCCAUGAAGAAAGGGCGCGUGUUCUGCAACGCAUGCGAAAAGACAUUCUACGAUAAAGGCACUUUGAAGAUACACUACAACGCGGUUCAUCUCAAAAUCAAACACAAGUGCACCAUCGAUGGCUGCAACAUGGUGUUCAGCUCGCUCCGAAGCCGCAAUCGCCACAGCGCCAACCCCAACCCGCGCCUCCACAUGCCCAUGAACCGCAACAACAGGGAUAAAGACCUGCGCGGGAGCUCGUCGGCAGAUGAGAGCUCACAAGAGAAGCGAGAUUAUGGAAGCCCAAUAUUAGACAAUCACAAGUCCAUUCCCAGCUACAUGGUGAGCCAAGUGGACAAUACAUCCAAACUGAGCUCCUCCUUCCCCAGCAUUGGUCAAAGCGGGAUUCUAUUUCCCAAUCUGAAAACGGUUCAACCGGUUCUACCAUUCUACCGCAGUUUAGUGACUCCGGCUGAGCUUGCAAACACACCAGGAACUCUGCCAUCUCUGCCGCUUCUGUCCUCAUCUGUGCCGAUGAAGACAACCGAGGUGCAGGAAAACUGUUUUUUAGAUCCAGUACCAAAGAAGAAGUCACGAAAAUCCAGCAUGCCGAUUAAGAUUGAGAAAGAGGCAAUGGAAGAGAGCGACAGCCUCAUGGACAGAGGCAGCAACUCUGAAGAUGAGACAAUACAUGGGAAAGACCACUUUGACAGUCAUCAUCUGGCAAGGACAGCUGACUGUGGUGAUAUGGACAAGCAGAGUGUAGGCGACACACAACUGGAACCCGGAGUGGUCACAUGUGCGCCUUUUGAAAAGUCAGAAACGAAAGAAGUGACAGAAGACGCACAAAAUGAAAUAGCGCCAAACAAGCUAUCUGAGCACCGGUGGAACGAGGGCGAACUGACCAAUGGGAGCUCGCCCCAUAAUAUGAGCGGGGAAAAGGAAGAACUGGAAGGCUUUGGUGAUUCUAACGAGGAUCCGGACACGCCACACCACUGUGAGAUCUGCAGCAAGAUGUUCAGGAGCCCGUACAGUGUGAAGAUGCACUACCAGAGCGAGCACCUGAAGGAGAUGCACCUCUGCUCCGUGGAGGGCUGCAACGCAUCCUUCCCUUCGCGCCGCAGCAGAGACAGACACAGCUCAAAUCUCAACCUGCACCACAAGCUCCUGACCAAAGACAGCUUCUCCCCAGUGUCUAUGUGCCGCAACCCUGCCCUGGAAUUCCACUCGGUCCCCCCAGUAUCUCUGUGCCGCGACUCUGCCCUGGACUUCCACUCCGACCCGCUGGACUCCAGAGACCCAAAUUCCCAGACCUCUGUCAUCUUCAGGGGCCAUAACCGCAUGGGUCUUGUCUACCCCAUGAGCAAAGUCCCCAGCCUCUCCACAAGUGAUGGGAACUCCCCCAUCCGCGAUCAUCUAGAUGAUGAGGCAGUUAACGGUGAAGAUGGCGCGGUGCUGGACUUGAGCACGUCGUCCUUUGGUCCAACUCGCGGCGGUGACGGCAGCGCUCGCUCGUCCUGGGACUCCGACGGCGCCGCGAGCGAAGAAGGAAUGGAAGACCUCGACGCUGUCCCGGUUGAGGACAGCGAAGAAAGCUGUGAUGGGAUUGUGAGAAGCCAGGAUCCAGAUGGGACGGUGAACGGGGUUGGAUGUGUUGGAGGAGGAGGUGUGAGUGGGCAUGCGGGCGGAGCAGGGUCUCCCAUCACCUGCCACAUGUGUCAGAAGGUCUACAGCAACAAGGGGACGUUCAGGGCGCACUACAAGACGGUCCAUCUGCGGCUGUUGCACAAGUGCAAAGUCCCCGGCUGCGAAACGUCCUUCUCGUCCGUGCGCAGUCGGAACAGGCACAGCCAAAAUCCCAAUCUGCACAGGAACCUGUCCGCGAGCUCAGGGGCCAUGGACCAGGAGUAG